AUGGAGCUGCAAAGGGUUGAAGGUUCCGGGGCACAAAAACAAAGGUCAGUGGUGAUUGAGGAUCUAGGAUAUGCUUAUUGUAGUCCUGUUGUUCCUUAUAAGACAAAGAGCAAUGUUGAACAGCCAACUAAAUACCCUGAGCCACAUAAGGUGAAGAUAGUGGAGCAAGAAGCAGUGAAUGAUGUUGGGGAUUUCUCAAAACCUAAUGCACCAAAGCAGGGAAAGGGUAUAAGGUCUUCAAAGGGAAAAACAUUGGCUCUACAAAAGGCACCAAAGAAAGGAAAGGCUACAAGGUCUUCAAAGGGUAAAACAGUGACUCAACCUGAGGCACCAAAGAUUUAG